AUGUACAAGGCAACUAUUCAAAUAUUGCUGGUCCCAUUUACGCUGUAUAGACAACUACUGCGGAGAACGGGUUGCGUUCCACCGCAAGAGCUUGCCGUCGAUAACCAUGAGGCAAGCAUGCGCAGUAGUGUUGAAAGAUCUUCUAACAUGAUCGCAAGCUGGCAAUCACAUAUGGCCCGUGCUAGAGAGCAAACAGAUACUCCGCGCGUGGCACGUCCCGAGGGUUGGGAUGCUGAGCUGGAUACACAACGCCUAAGCAAACUUACGGAUGGCCAGCUGGGUGGCAAGAUGUGCGACUUGAGAGACGAAAUCCAACGAUCAUUGAACUUAAGAGAUACAGGCUUGAAACAACAGCAGGAUCACAACUUACAUCCCUUACAACAAGCGUAA